AUGCUGUAUUCGGCGCCGACAUUGAGAACAGCAGCUGCUAGCUGCCGCAUACAAUCAUCAAUCCUCACAUCAUGCACUUAUCAAACAACCUCAUCACCCACCCCUCUUCACACACCCAAUACCGGUAGCGCAAACCCAACCCGAAACUCCAGCUCCAGCUCAAGCUCAAGCAGCUCGCGACCUCGGAUUGUCGUUCCGCUCUACAAACGCAAUGUCACAUAUACCCCCAGCGCAUCCACUAUCCGCUGCUCCUCCACCGAUCGCGCAUCAUCUCCCUCAUCUCGCACCUCCACCUCCACCUCUACUGCACCCAGUACCACCGACACCGACACCGAAGUCCUAAACUGGAAUACAUAUUUCAAGCUACGACGAACUCGUCGAUGGUUCCAACUUGGGUCUUCUAUCGGAACGGGCUUUGGUGGAUUCGCUAUUGGCGCACAGAUACUGACACAUGCCGAUAUGGAUGCGCUUGUGGGACAGAUCCCACUGGAUCCGUUUAUUACGUUGGGAUUAGUGACGUUUGCGUGUGGAGGAGCGGGAUGGUUGACGGGACCGAUAUUGGGGACCGCGGCGUUUAAUGUCAAGAAUAGGAAGUUUAGGGCGCAGAUGGAUGUUAAGGAGAAGGAGUUUUAUGCGAGGGUUAAGAAGUAUAGGGUGGAUCCUAGUGCGAGUUCGAUGGCGAAUCCGGUGCCUGAUUAUUACGGCGAGAAAGUCUCGAGCGUGGCGGGAUAUAGGCAAUGGUUGAAGGAUCAACGAGCUUUCAACAGGAAACGACAGACAUAUGUGUAA